AUGUUUUCCCUAUUGCCAGACCUGGCCGUGGUAGCAUACCAGCGGGUACCAGUAUUCCAGCACGUUAUUGCGGUGGCCGUGCCCGUGCUACUGCUUCAGCUGCCCCCGGUUUUCUGGAGAAAAUACGUUGCGGUCGUAGUGUUGACUGUCGUUUACUAUGCUCUCUCCCUUAUCCAAUUGGACCUGCAUCCAGCAUUGCUGUACUUCCAGUCAGCCAGUCUCGUCGUGGCGUACGCGCUGUUCCUCGAUCUGUUUUUGGUCAGCGAGUUCCCAGACAAGACAGACCACCAGCCAAAUAAAGAGUCCCUCAGAUACGUGACAGAACUUAAGGCGUUCUCCUGGGAGAAACUCGACUGGGCCCUCCGACGGUGCUCGUACGUGGUCAGGGGCACCGGCUGGACCAUAUCGGCCAGAUCAAAACCGACAUCCGGACCAACCUUCACCUCCAAAUCAAAGCUCAUUGCUCACAUCCUCAAACCGUAUUUGUGGCAAUUGGCUGUGUGUGCCUGUUGCAAACAGUACCUCUCGUCGUUCCAGUACGUUCGUCAUUUCGGUCGCGACCCAGACUUCCCGUCCAUUCUCCACGAAACCACAGACCCGGUGCGGCUGUUGCUGGCAUGCGCGUGCAUGGCAUUCCAAACGUACCUGGCGAUCGGGUUCUUCUGCAACACGGCCAUUGUCGCGGCCUUGCUCGUGGGACUGUACGGCCCCGAGGAGUACGCUCCGAUCUUUGAUAUUGGCCACUUUUUCAAAGACCCGUCGUUGCACGCCUUCUGGAGCCAGGUGUGGCACCAGCUACUGUUCCGCAACUACAGUCUCUGUCGUGGCAUGACAGACAGACUGUUUGGGAAAAACUGCUUGGGUAAAUUUGUUGCAAUCGGCCUCACGUUCGCUUUAGGUGGCCUCAGUCAUUGGUUCGGCAACUCCAAAUUGGCAUGGUAUAGGGAAACCAACGAUCCUGCAUACAGAACGUUCUUGGUCUUCAUCUAUUUCUUCGCCACUCUCGCCCUAGAGACCGGCUGGAACCGGUUAUUCGCAUCCCAGAUCUCCUGGCUACCAAAACCAGUGCGCAAAGCAUGCUCGAUUGUUUGGUUUCUGGCAGUUCAGAUCCCGGCAAUGUUCGUGAUAUACCACGACGUUCUCCGUGGAGGACUGCUCGGCGGUGAAAAGCUAACGUGGCAGUCACUUCUGGAUCAGAUGAACGAAGAAGUGGAUCGUUUCAGGAAAUGA